AUGGCUGUUGUUCGGCCGUUUGGUGUGUGCGGUGCAGUACCCAGUGAAGAAAAGUCUAAAGGACAGGAUUAUGUUAUGGAUGUAUCUCCUGGUGGUACAAAGCUUUGGUUAACUGAAUGUGACGCAUACCUGAAACCGUUUGAAGGGCAGAUAUUCGAUACACUUGAAGAUGGGAUUCAGUUCUAUAAGAAAUAUGCUGCAGUUGCUGGAUUUGAUGUGGGUCGCAGUUCGGAUAAAAAAAACAAACACAGGUACAGUCUUGUGUUUGUCCCAUUCACAGGCGUAGACAACCACAAGAAAUGCGUGACAUUUGCUGCGGGACUGAUUGAUAAAGAAGACAUGGAGUCGUACAGUUGGAUCCUAAAGAACUUCAAGAAUGCAAUGGGAAGUACACCACCUUUGAUAAUAACUUGUCAAGAUCCAGCUAUGAAGAUCGUGAUUGCAACAGAUGAGGAGUUUCGGCAUGCAUUGAAUGCUGUUGUGUGGAACGAGGAAUCGACGCCAUCAGAUUUUGAGAGUGCAUGGAAUGGAGUUAUUGAGAAGUACGGCCAAUGCGAAAAUCGGUGGUUGAAACGUAUGUACGACGAGCGUGCGUCAUGGGUGCCCACGUUUUUUGAAGAUGUGUUUAUGGGGGGCCUAUUGCGUACGACUUCACGAUCGAAAGCUGAGAACAGAAUUUUUCAAAGUAAUACUAAUAAGCACUUAUGCGUUGUGGAAUUCUUCAAACGAUUUGAAAGUGCUGUUGGAAAACAACAAAACAAACAUCUGGAACUUAGCGCGACUUGCAAUGGACAGACACCACCUUUAAAGACUCUCAUGCGCAUAGAGCGAGAAGAAGCAUCGGUGUACACAUUGACUGUUUUUUACGAUGUACAAAAAGAAAUAUGUGAGGGUUGUUUUGCAUGUCGUGUGAGAACUUACAAAGAAGGUGAGGGGGUGAAGACAUAUAUGGUUGAGGAUGGGACCAAAGAGCGAUACACAAUCAUAGUUGAAGAUGGGAGCAACAACACAAGCUGCACAUGCCGAUUGUACACAAGGAUCGGGCUGCUAUGUAGACAUGUUUUUGUAGUUCUAAAAGAUGAACGGAUCGAUCACAUAUUUCCAUAG